AUGGAGCACGGGUCGUUGACGGACUCGACCUCAUCGACCUUCUCCAUCAUGGAGGAGGACCACACCCUCGCCAACUCCGCCAGUUUCGUCCUCAACCAGGACCCAAGGGUAGCAUUUUGUGGAUGCAGCAUCCCUCAUCCUGCUGAGAAGAAAGUCAACAUAAGAGUUCAGACAACAGUGUUACUGCAAACCAUCUUAGCUUGCAAAAGUUACUGCUCUGGAGAGUCGGAAGCUCGGAGCUCAGUCAUUAUUCGAGGUGUCUGA